AUGCCAGUCAUUGAUGAAAUGAAUCGCGUUUUAGGAGCGGACGCGAAAGGAGCAAUCUACUUGACGACUAAAAAUGGAACAUUUCCAAUAACGCUGACAUCCUUGAAGUCCCGAGACGACACUGCAGCCUUGCACACUCAAAACAUUUUAUCCGCGACCACUAAAACUGAACACAAUGCCUUGGAGGCGAGCGACUAUUGGGACAACGGCUCGGAGGAAUUAUUGCUGUCAAGUUACAUGAACGGCUCUUAUAUAGACGCGGAUGACUGGAAAAGCAACACGAAAAGAAGUAUUAAUGAUGCAGUCUCCAAAAAUAUCACGCUUGUUCUUGAAAAUCUGCUGAAGAACUACGAAAACUCUCAGUUGCCGACCCACGGCAAAGGAUAUCCCACAGUUGUCCAAACAAAUAUAUUAAUUAGGAGUAUGGGACCGGUCUCAGAACUAGACAUGGAUUAUUCAAUGGAUUGUUACUUCAGACAGUAUUGGCGUGAUGCACGCUUGUCUUUCUUGGGUCCCAUACGGUCGUUAUCACUUUCAAUCAAAAUGCUGGAGAGGAUCUGGCGUCCAGACACCUAUUUCUACAAUGGCAAACAUUCCUACGUCCACACAAUCACGGUGCCGAACAAAUUAUUAAGGAUUAGUCAACACGGCGAUAUCCUAUAUUCAAUGAGGCUCACAAUCAAAGCGAAAUGUCCGAUGGAGCUCCGCAAUUUCCCAAUGGACAGGCAGUCUUGUCCUCUUAUUUUAGGCAGUUAUGCCUACUCCAACCAACAACUAGUAUACCAAUGGCAGAACUCUGAGAGUGUGAACUUUGUCCCGGGCAUGACGCUGUCACAGUUUGACCUCAUCAGCUACCCUUACAGGAACUUUACCUUCACUCGACGAGAAGGGGACUUCUCGGUUCUACAAGUGUCGUUCAAUCUUCAGAGGCAUACGGGCUAUUUUCUCAUUCAAGUGUACGUGCCCUGCAUUCUCAUAGUGGUGCUCUCCUGGGUGUCUUUCUGGAUACAUCGUGAGGCUACCUCAGACCGUGUGGGCCUAGGCAUAACCACGGUGUUAACCCUGUCCACUAUAAGUCUGGAUUCCCGGACCGACCUGCCUAAAGUCCGCUACGCUACUGCCCUGGACUGGUUUCUGCUGAUGAGUUUCUUCUACUGCAUCGCAACUCUACUGGAAUUCGCCGGAGUUCAUUAUUUUACUAAGGUGGGUUCAGGAGAAAUAGUAAUCGACGACUCUGAAUGGGAGGAGCUGAUCGAGGAGGUCGGCGGAGACGCGUUCGCAGCGCGCCAGCUUGCCGUUCGGCGACGCAGUUCUGCACGUUCAACCACUAACUAUAGCUUCACCCUACCAGCUAACAGCAGUUGUUUGGAUGACGCUGGUCCCGAGCAGGCGAGUCCAGCUGUUCGGCUCACAAUGGAAAGGACCACUCAGACGGAGCGACGGGUACCAAGGUGGAGGCAACUGUUGUAUUGCUUGGCAGGCGAUGACCGGUACCGCAGGCAGAGGCAGGUAGAAGCUGGAAAUCGCGGUCAUAUCAACAGCGUGUCUCACAUCGACCGCGCGGCGCGAGUUAUGUUCCCCGCCUCUUUCGCGCUCCUCAACCUUUUUUACUGGCUGAUGUAUGCUUUCUCCAACGAUGACUUUGCUUGGAGCGACAACCCUAUUAACACACUAUCUCAUUAAUCUUUUUAGGAACGCAGGUUCGAUUUCGAAAAACGAAUAAAAUUUAGAAGUCAAUAAAGAAUCAGAUUAAUGUAUGUAAAGUUACUUCUUAACGUAUAAGAUUUGGUACUUUUCGUUGAAAAAGCAAAAACUCACGAACAGGGUUAUAAAUAAAAUGGUAUAUCAAUAUUCUGAAAAACGAAUUAAGUACAUAAUACUUUUUAAAAAGGCUAAAAAUAAUUUUAAGUACAUAAAUGCGUAGCUUCUUGCAGGUACUUCAAAGUUAUUAUUAAUAUAAAUAAAGUGUGUUUAUAAAAUUAAGGUUUAUUCAGAAAU